CGCUCGCGACCAAGCCACUCCGUCCAACGACCCGAAAUACCUACGAAUAAGCUGGUCGCCCGAUAUUCUUAUCCUCCAGUCUGCGAGGAAAAACAAAAAAAUCUAAAUUAACACUAUAAUAUCAAAUCACAAUGCCUCUCGACACAAGCACCUACUCCCUCGCGCUCCUCCGCCUCGACGGCCGCCGCUGGAACGAGCUCCGCCACAUUCAUGCGCAAAUCUCCACGCAAGCCGCCGCAGACGGGUCCUCCUACCUCGAAAUGGGCAACACCAAAGUUCUAGUAUCUGUCUCUGGCCCCGCCGCAGAAGGCAAGCAAACGGGCCAACGCGGUACCACCAGCGACAAGCUCGCGAAAAUCGACGUUGAAAUAAACUUCGCAGGCUUCAGCGGCGUGGACCGCCGAAAGCGCAAGACGGACAAGAAGACGAGCGAGAUGGAGCAUUGCCUGCGGUCGGCAUUUGAAGGGGUGGUGUCGCUGCAUUUGUACCCAAGAUCGACGAUUACAAUUAAUGUGCAUAUUGUGUCGCAGGAUGGGUCGUUGCUGGCGGCGUGUCUAAAUGCGGCGACGCUGGCGCUGGUGGAUGCGGGGAUACCCAUGACGGAUUACCUAGUUGCGUGCACGGCGGCUUCGUCUGCAUCGGCGGAGGCAGCGGAUAAUGCGUCGGCGGAUGAUCCGCUGCUGGAUCUGAAUAAUCAGGAGGAGUUGGAGUUGCCGUUUUUGACGGUGGCGACGCUAGGAGAGAGUGAUAACGUGGCGGUAUGUGUAAUGGAGAGUAGAGUUCGCAUGGAAAGAUUGGAGAGUAUGCUGGCUGUGGGGAUUGAGGGUUGCAAGAGGAUGCGCGGUAUACUAGAUGAUGUCGUGAAGGGUUAUGGAAAGCGAUUUGGAUGAAGGAGGGAGAUAUGGUGCCAUUUCAACUCAAUAUGUGUCGAACGCCAUAGAGCAUCACUCAGCACUCGAAACACAAGGCCAGCAGUAACCUGCAGUGGCCAAGAAGAUUUGUGGCUAGCGCCAUAGGCGUUGUGGAAAGAGGUGGCGUGCCUUGGGUCUCUAGAAGUACCUGCUUCACAGCAGGGCCGCUCGAUGAAAGAGCUUGCUAGAGCGGGGCUAGAUGAAGGAAUGGAGGGCUUCAGUACGAGUGUAAAUCGUUAGAAGCUUGCAAUUGAAACUACCAAGUCAUUGAAUCGAAUUCUCUCGAUUUACACCCCCA